AUGGAGAGGGAGCAUCCUGUGAUUGAGCACUCGGUUGUCGGGCGGUCUGCAGCCUUCUCGGUCGAUGGAGUCUAUCGCUACGGCCUCACGCGCACGUGGAGCAGCAGCGGAACGGACGCGGCCGCACGGCAGAGUAAUCCGCUGCUCUUCGUCGGCCUCAACCCAUCCACAGCAGACGGCGAUUCGGACGAUCCCACAAUCCGGCGCGUGAUCCGCUUCGCCAUGGCGUGGGGCCACGACAGCAUCUUCGUGUGCAACCUCUUUGCCUAUCGCAGCACGCAGCCAGCCGCACUCAAGGCGGCCGCAGACCCAGUGGGCGCGCUCGCCAAUGACGCCGCUCUCGCAGAUGCGGCGCGCCGUGCCGGCCGCGUGCUAUGCGGCUGGGGGAACGGCCUCCUCCCAGGCAGCAAGGCUGUAGCCCGCAUGAUGCGCGCGCGCGUGCAAGAGGUGCUGGAAAUCUUGUCCGAGGGAGCCGGAGCGGAGCGAAUCUGCUGCCUGCACGUCACCCUGCAGCAGCAGCCGCAGCACCCGUUGUAUGUCCGGGCCGACGCGCGGCCGAAGCCGUUCCCACCGCAAACAGCGCGAGAAGCGGAGGCCGUGUUGAGGGCUUGA